AUGAAUUCCCUCUUCAACUCCGCCCUGAAACAAUCCUCCGCGAUCCGUCGGGAUCUGGACACCUUCUCCCAGUCCCCGUCCACCUCCUCCCCCGCCCUGCAAGGCCAAAUUGCCGCCUCGUUGGCCUCGUUGAAUCGGACCGUGGACGACUACUCCGCCCUCUCGAAGAAAGAAUUGAUUCCGGAGAAACAGCAAAAGGCCUUUGACCGGGUCAAGAAUUUCCGCGAUGAGCUGGGCGAUUACCGUGGCCAAUUUGAUAAAUUGAGGAGGGAGAGGGAAGAAGCUCAAUCCGUCCACAAGAGUAACGAGCUCUUCGGCCGCCGACCACACCACACUGCGACUCCCGAGAAUCCCUACGACCAACCCUCCCAACCAAGCGGAUAUGGAUCACAAGGUCUCGGGUUCGGGGGCGGUCCUCAAGAUGCGCAACGCGAGGCGCAUGCGCUGCGCGAACACUCCUUCUUUGCCAAUACACACACCCAGUUGGAUGAUUUCUUGGAUCGAGGAAGGGCGGUGUUGACUGAUCUGGGUGAACAAAGGGAGAUUCUGAAGGGGACGCAACGCCGGCUGUAUAGUGUGGCUAAUACGUUGGGGGUGAGUGGUGAUACGAUUCGGAUGGUGGAACGGCGGGCGAAACAGGACAAGUGGAUAUUCUGGGGAGGAGUGGUGGUGUUUUUCUUGUUUUGCUGGUUGGUGCUGCACUAUUUGCGAUGA